AUGCUACCCUUUCAGCUGUCUAGUUUUUCCAUAACCUCCCUCUGCUCCCUCUCCUCCCUCUGCCCUGCUCCUCCUCCCUCUGCUCCCUCUGCUCCCUCUGCUCCCUCUCCUCCCUCUGCCCUGCUCCUCCUCCCUCUGCUCCCUCUCCACCCUCUCUGCCCUGCUCCUCCUCCCUCUGCUCCCUCUCCUCCCUCUGCCCUGCUCCUCCUCCCUCUGCUCCCUCUGCUCCCUCUCCACCCUCUCUGCCUUGCUCCCUCUGCUUCCUCUCCCUCUUCUCCAUUUUCUCUGCUCCCUCAGCUGCCCUGCUGCUACCAUCUCUGUCCCCGUGGUGCCAUGUGUGAACGAGGCAUGCUCUUCAUAUCAUCGACCCAUGCUUCCUAUCUCCACAGCCGCUCAUUCUCCCCGUGUUUCCCAACAUCCACUCAUCCCUUUGCUCCCUUUUCUCCUCUGAUUCCUCUGCUCCCUGCACCCUCUGCCUCCUCUGCUCCCUCUACUGCCCUCUCUGCUGCUUCCGCUCUCUCUGCUCCUUCACAUCUCCCCCCUCCGCUCCUGCUACUCCACGCAUAUGACUCACCCUACCACCUACCUCCAUCCAUACCAGCCCCUGUCCCUCUCCUUGCUCUGUUCCCACUCACACGUCUCUACAGGUCUCCCCAUACACACCAUCCGCUUUCCCUCCCCCCUUCUCCUCCCGUUCGCUUCUCUUGGAUUGCAGGUGCUUCUCAAUUUAUCCCCUCCUCCAUCUCUUCUCCAACAUCCCCAUACAUAACCUCUCCUCCCGCUCCUCACUUUCGCUUCAGUUGGAUAGCAGGUGCUUCUUAA